AUGAUGACUGCUGUGGACAUCCGCAACGUGAUACCAAGUGCUUCGAGUCCAAACGCGAGCCCGUUCGAGCUCGUGUUCAAGCGCAAACCACGCUUUCAACACAUGCGCGUGUUCGGCAGCCAGUGCUACGCACACGUAGCCAUGGCAGUGCGGGGCAAGCUCGACAACUCAGGCGUGCGCUGUCUGAUGCUCGAUUGCUCAAAGCAGCACAAGGCGUAUCGUCUGCUGAAUGAAAGCACGAAAGCAAUUAUUAUCUCGCGCAGUGUGGCAGUUGCGGAGAACGCGCCAGCAAUGAAAACGCACAGACAGGGUGCGCCAAGUCUGAUCGACGUCGUGGGAGAUGAUAAACAUGAUCAAGAGUCAAGCGAUACAAAAGCCAGGGAGAGUUACCAGACUCCACCGACAGCACCUAGAGGGACUCCGACACGUAUAGAGGAAGUGCUGAAUGAGCGUUCGAGAGGCUCUGUGCCAACACAACGUUCAAGUACACCAGGACGCGACGACGAGAACGAGUCGCAUGUGCGAUUGGUGCGCAAGAAUCACGCGGUGUUGCGCUACGGGCAUGAUUUCCCAAAUUUGCGGCACGGAAAGUUUGGCCUGGGUGACUAUGAAGCCGGGCACGACGCAUUGUACUGUUUCAGCGCUGAAGAUGACGGCGAGAGCACGUCGACGUUCGAAAAAUUGCAGCAAAGCAAAUACAGAGAUGAGUGGCUGCGUGUAAUGGAAAGUGAAAUCUAA